AUGGCCGACUUCACCGAACUCAACCCCCAUGCAAUUUGUGACCGAUGCAAUGUCAGUUUUAAGAAGGAAGAACUUCAGUAUGUCGUUGGUCGAGUCAGAGGAACAGGCCAGCGACUUUGUCUUGUUUGCAAGCUCUACUAUUCUGUAAAAGCGAACAAUAGCAAUAAAACACUGAGUGCUGCUGAGUUGCAGGAUAUUGCGCAACAGGUCGCUAAGGGCCAGCAUGGAGAUUCCAAGCUCAAGGUCCAAGCAGUGGGGCGGCCUUUUCAUUCACUUUGGGACAUCCACACCCCUAGCUCCUCUAUGGGACCACCUCCGCUUCCACGACCGCAAGUCCUCACGCCUGCCAGUAUCAAUGCUGGCUCGAUGCUACCUUUCCCGAGGAUCAAUUCCGAUUCGUUUCCCCAAUUUGUUGGAUAUCAGCAAGCACACACAAAGUUCAACGAACUUCGGGCUCACUUUGCAAAGCUGGCAUAUGCACAUGGUGGCACAGGCAAGAUCACUGUGAGCGUCCGCUUGGCUACUUGGAUACCAGACAAAAAGAACGGUCUGAAACCCAUCUCUGAGCCUCGGGACCUCCAGCAUGUUUCGCCAGACAUUGGAGUCGAUGACUUGAAAAGCAUGGCAAUCAUAGCCAUCUGGGAGUCUUACUGCAAAUGGUCCCACGAUUAUCCCAUUUCCUUCAGCAGCCUUGGUCUUCGUGAUGCUGACUGGCACGAACUUGUCCCUAUCGUGGGUAUGCCGGCACCUUUUCGCAGCCAGUUCACAAAUGCAAAAGGAAAGUUUAAUCCCAAAAAGGGAUUACACAUCUUCGUUUCAAUCCCACACCACAUUUACAUCGAGAUUCUCAAUUACCGCGACACUAUAGCUGAGCAAGCAGCCGAAAAAGAAGAUGAGGAAAGCUCUCAUCACCCACCAGUGAUAGUCAAGCCCUUCGGAACCAAGACCACCCAAGACAGCUAUCGAUCAUCAAGCCAUAAACCCCCCAUGUCUGCGCAGCAGGCACCUGGGACUAUGAUCAGUAAGCGAGUGCUCAAUCGAGAUGAAGGGACAAAGCAUAACCCAGUCACUAUUCCAUCAUCUUCUGAUGACGAUGAAGACCAACCAGAGGAUCAACCAUCUACUCCACCACGCAAGAUUCCUCAGCGUGGUCAGGAGUCGCCUGACAUCAAGACCGUUCGUGCAGCACUGCGCGCACAGGAAUCGGGAACACGGGGAAGUGCUCGUUCAAAGUACAACACCGAGGAGAUGCCAUGCAUCGUCUUUGUUGCGCCUCGCACAAGCUGGAAGGACUUGAUCAGUACUCCAAGCAUCGUCCAAUUGGAGAAGAAUGUCACCCCUAAGCGAGUGAGCAUCUUUGUCAAUCCAAAGGGAGAGGCUUUCCGUGGCACGUUCAAGAGUGCUCGCUUCGGACACGUUAGCACCCCCAUUUUUCCUACCACAUCGUCAUAUGUCUGCAUCAAGCAAGCAUUCUACGAGAAGCCUGAUGGCAAGCUUGCUUACUACUCUGGCGCCAAGCAGAGCGAAAUUCUAGACAAGGAGAUCGCUUGCCUGGUUUGGGCCUCUGCAUUAUUGGACCUGGUCUACGACUUCAUCAAGUUCAAUGAGAAGGCACCUUUCAACAUCCCCCAGAUGCGCUUCGUUCAUGCAGCGCUGGCGAAUUCUAACGAGGUGGAUGGAGUCAAGAAGUCUUAUCUCAUCGAGGAGGUCAUCAAUGGGAAGUUCAUCAAGUACAUCAACAACGACAGCCCGGAGCUUCUUCCAAUGGAGAAUCAGGAUCAGGAACGGCGAGCAAAGUUCCUCGCCUUUGCUCAGCAUGUUCAGUAUUUCAAGACGGAGUCUGUUUUCAUUUCUGAUCUUCAAGGUGGUGAUACUCUUCUCACUGAUCCUCAAAUCACAACCGAUCCCAGUAUUACCAAAGGACAGAUCUUUGCAUCUGGCAACCUGCCCACUAAAAUACGAUACCAAAAGACCUACUCCUUAGCUACAAAUCCUAGCUACAAAUGA